CUGCGUCCCACGGCUGAAGAAGGCUUGUGUCGUGGGUACUCAAACGAUAUACACUGUUAAUUAACCAGUCAUUAACUAAUAACUCUGACCGGGUGAUUCUAAUGUCAACGAUAAUGUUCAGUGCAGUGAUAUAUCUAUAAGGAAAUGGACGUCCGAGCUAUAAUAACCGUCGUAGCGUUGAUGUGUGCUUUCGCCGCAGCACAAAAUGAACAAGCAGACGUGACAAAUUCUACCAGCACCAGUGAACCUGCCAAGGAAUGUCUGACAGCUAAAAACGUGAGCGGUGUGUGUGUCCAGCGAAACAGUUGUGACUACAGUACGGGAGCCAUCGACCUUACGUUGUACGCACCACAUAACUAUACGAGGCCCUGCGCGACAGCCGAGGUGUGCUGUCCCCAAUCCGCCAUCGUCCACGUGGAGCCUCCAAGCCACGCCAAUUUCGACAGCGAUGAAGAUGAUGAUGAUAAUGAUGACUGAUACAUUACAUUCGCAGUGGAUCCGUCGGGCCAUGUCCAAGUUAUUAAGCGAGGUUACAGCUACCAAGAACUUUAAUUCAUGGAAUUUACAUACAAUACGUUUCAUUGGCGACUGCUGAGGUUACUGGGCCAUUUUUUAACCCCCGACGCAAAAACGAAGGGGUAUUAUAAGAGUGGAGUUCCGGGUGUAAAACUCAUUGACAAUAUCUGUCUAUGUAAUAAAUAUAUGCCAGAUUGAGGUCCGCAAACGGAACUCCACUCAGAGACCGAAAUGAUAAGAUAUUUCAAUUAUCGAAACUCGCCAUCUUUGACUGCUCCCCCUGCUCCCAAAUGCAAUUUUUUCACUUUACGAACUAUUGGUUCGUAGACAUUGGACUCUUGUUAGUUACUUAAAAUAAUAAUUAUAUAAAUAUACUCAUUAGUUCUUAAUCUACAGUGGUUUAAAGUGAACUCCAAAAUGAAGCAUUUUCGUAAAUUUUCUAAAAACUUCUUAGAGAAAGUGUAAGAAAUGUUAUAGUAUGCUAUAUAUUCGUAAACUACUCAAUAAGCCCUUUCUUUUGAUACCCU